CUGUCUAGACAGCAUCUGCUGCUUCCGGUGAGGCGAGGCUGUCUGACCGUUAGACUUCUGUUGGGCUCAAUAAAAGCGAAAAAAGGUUAAACAUCAUAAAAAGCAAAGGAACCGAGGAAGGAAACGAGGAGAAGGAGUUUUAACAGGAGAGAGAAGAUUUAUUUUAAACUUCCGGUGAGGAACUGAGCAGAAAAACAAGCCGGCUGCAGGAUGUGAGAAAACGGCAGCAUUUAAACCCGUCCUUCUGAGCCUGAAGCUGAAGAUCGACAGACGAGACGCCGCAGACAAUCAUGGCCCUGUUCUUCUCUGGAGCCGUAACAAGUUCCCCAAUCAAACGAAGGCUUCGUGGGAAUCACUCCUGUCAGAGCCUGGACGUCUCCCUCCUCUCUCCAGACUCCUCGUACGUCUGUUACUCCUCGGCGGACGCGGGGACUCCCUGCUGCUGCCGCCGCUCCCCACGCCUCCUGACCAACGGCUACUACGACGUCACUGAGGACAGCUUCUGCUUGGACCAGGACGGCAACGUGUCCCUGACGGGCUGCAGGACCAACGUGUCCUACAAGGAGAACCUGGUCAGGGUCUUCAGACGCAGACGGAGAACUCGCAGGUCUUUGGUUUCUCUGCUGAGCGACGUCACAGAGAGCUGCCACUCAUGGCUGGACCAGAAAGUCUUCAGAGGGAUGUUGGGAACCAGACGCAGAGAGAACCUGGACCUGAUUGAGGACCAGGACCUGGACUGGGCCCAGAUCAGCAAGGAGGGACCGUCUCCUUCUCCUCUGGACGAGUCUCUGUGGUUGGGACUGAACAGCACCGAGCUGGACGACAGCCGGAGCUUCACAUACGAUCCCACUGAAGCUCCGCCUCCUCCAGACAAAGAAGCUCCUCCUCUUCCAAAGCUCCUGAUCCAGGAGGAGAUCUGCUCGGAGAUCUGUCAGUCCAAGGAGCGCUUCACCCAAUCACUGGGCGGCCUCUCUGAAGUCCCGCCCCCUCCUGCUUUCUACAGCUGCUGCUGCCAGACGUCACCUGAGCCCACAGGGCUAACAAUGAAGACUCUCCUGAUCAUCAUCUUCACCAUCUUCAUCCUCAGUGCCCUCUACUCAGGGUGUUUAUGGUGGAGCGCAGCUGUGACGUCCGCCAUGUUUCUGACCAUCUCAGCAGUGAUGUUCGUAACAAAGUCGGGACCCAUGGGGGAGUGGAGGAGAGCGAAGACGGAGGACAUCACAUCCAGAAACGAGUAGAACACGACCAGAUGUUUCCCGUCCAGAGAGGAACAUCUGACGGCACUCUGGAGAAACAUGUUCUUUACUAUUUCACUCAGUGUUUGCAUGCAAGUUGGAGGUGGAACAUCUUCUGAGCUCUGGAGGCAUUUUAAAGCUAAGCGAGGUUCAUUUUUAUAGAAAAAGCCUAAAAUGCAUCAAUCAGAAACAAGACAUGGAUGAAACGUCCUCGGACUCAGAAAGGUUUCAGUAAUCAGGUUUUCUACCAGCAUCAUGUUUGGAUUUUUCCUCAGGAGAAAAACUCUGUUGGUUUUAAGCUGCUGAAGGAGCUCAGAAUCACGUCCGGUUAGUUUAGCAGCGUAGGAACAAAUGUCCAGAAGCCGAAGCCCAUCUGGACGAGUUGAUAAAUGAGGCUGUUCUGGGGAGUCCAAAGUGACCAAACACCAGACCUUUAAGGUCCAGAAAUCAAGUUCAGGUUUGAAGGGAAAAAUGUUUUUUUAAUUUUUAACAAUCACCUGGAAUCCUGCAGGAGAUAAAAACCAUGAUUAUGAGAUGAGAGGAGAGGAUGUGGUACCGUCAGGUUGGGAUUAAUUGGUACCAUUGAUGUAUUCCAAGGUUAAAGCUGCUCUUGUCUGAUUUUACAUUCUGUGGUAAAACCUUAAAUCUCUUGUGCCUUUCCAUCAGCCUGCAGCAUCUGAAAGCUAAUUAUUAAUCAGUUCUAGUUAAAAAUGUUGCAGAAACAAUAAACCGACCUGCUCUAAAAUUCAGGGAUUAAACUUAGUACAGAAUAAUUGAUUUGAAUUAUUUACCCUGUUUCAUUCAGAGGUUUUUAUUUCCUGAAGGUUCUUAACAAAGUUUUAUUUGCAAGGAUUUUCUCCCUGAACAGACCCCAGAAAUGCUUUUAAUGAUCUAAUUCUGUGUACAUAAAUAAACUAAUCACAACUUCAGGGGAGUUAUAUGAGAGCAAUAAGCAUUUUGUUUUUAAUUUAAUAUACAUGUAAAUGCAGGGAACUGUCAAAACCUAAAAUCCUGCAAAAUAUAAAAAGACCUGCUUCAAAAUUCAGUAGUAAAAAUGAUUUCAAAACAUAAAUUUCAAAGGAAUUCAGUUCUUUUAGAAAUGACUUUUAAUUCUGAGCAGAUCAGGUCCUUGCUGCUUUUAUUUUGAAAGGAUUCACCUCUGCGUUUGGAGCCCAGUAGUGCUUUUAAUUUUCUAAUCCGCCGCUUUUGUGCUAAAAAAUGUAUAAAUAUACAAAUAAAUAAACACAUUUUACCACUUGAGGGGCUGGAAGUGUUUAAUGGAUUAAAAUUAAGGAAUAACAAGUUAAAAGCACAGGAUGCUGUAUAAAUAUUUGCUCCAAACAUUCAACUGUAAAAUAUGGUCAAAAUUGGUGCAAAAUGUAAUUUUAAGGAAAAUAGAUUUAUUUAAACUUUGACAAAUAUUUGAUAUUAUUUGUAAAGGUUCCACUUUUUCCACAGGCUUUUAAUUUGAAAAGUGUGUUUCUAAGUAUAGAUGGGUUGUUUUUAUCCUGUAUACACAGGAUUAUUAAACUAACUGUUUAUCAUAGCUUUAGUUGUUAAAAAAUAUGUCAUCAAAAAUGAAUUACAAAGUGUUGAACUGAUGAAGAUGCAGUGAAGUGAGAAAGACUUCAUGGCUGCAGAAACAAUAAAGCAACCUGCUCCAAAAUUCAGCUGUAAAAAAUGAGAAAAAUAAUUUAAUUCAUGUAUAUUUAAAUCCUUUUCACAAGCUUUUAUUUUGAAAGGGAUUUUAGUCUGAGUGGGGGCCCUGAAGUGCUUUUUGUUUUUUAAUUCACACAACAACAAAAAAAAUGUCACCACUUCAGGCAACUUCAGAGGCUCCAUGUUAACAGAAUCAUACAAAAUAUAACACUAUAUUUAUUUAAUAAUCGCCUUUCUGAGGAGAGGAAAUGUAGCACAAAGCCUGAACCAAUUCAUGUAAAACAACUACAUGUACUGUAAAACUUUAUAAUACUUGUUUUUUACACAAAUCCAAUCAUGUUUGGAUUUCUGAUCCCACUGAGGAUUAAAAGCAGGCAGAGAUGAGCGGCAGGUCAGCUCAGGUCAGACCCUCAGCACAAACCCUUCCUGCAGGAAACAUCAGGAAAAUCACGGUGCGUUUAGGGCUCGGAAAACUCAGACCCUCUGAAAUCAGCAUCAUUCUUCCUGGAGAGGGGACAGAAAAGUUUUCAUCAAAGUGCCACAUUUUUUUUAUCCGAAUAUCAAAUGAGGAAAAACCUCUGAGCUUAUUUUUGAUAGAGAGCUCUGCUUGACUUUGUUCUGAAAGCUGUGCUUACUAACUGUUGUAUAUUACUGAUUAAAUCAUUCUGUGUAAUGUUAAAUAUGUUGUAGUUUCAACUAACCAAGAGUUUCAACUCGGGUGUUUUUGUUAGAAAUUGGAAAUUCGUCUCUUUCAGACCAAACCUUUGCUGCCCUCUGGUGGCCAGUACCAGUCCCUGCAGUUUAAGAAGGUAAAUUUAAAACUUCAAAUCAAAUUGAAGUAAAAUCUCUGAAAGUUUUUUUUUUUUUUCACUUUUAAAGACUUAGAUCUGUGUAAAGCACUUAACCUUAUAUUCCUCAUGUUCUACUGUUUUUAUGUGGACUGAAUGCACUUGGACACUUGGCUCUGCUUGUGAUACCACUUGGUUUUGUUGAUGCAGUCUGACAGCUGGGCAGGAGGAGGAAUUCAAUCUAAGGUGAAACUAAAGAAAAACUUACUUUAAAUUAAAUUCAUGUAAAUCUGGAAUAAUCUGCCUUAAAAAAUGACUUUUAGAGAAAUUGUUUCUGUGGCAUUUAUGAAUUUUGACCGCCUGGUGGCGCUGUGCUUUAAGAUUAAAUUUCUUGUCACCUACCUGUUGUCAGACUGCUUUUUAUUAUUAAGCUAUUAAACUACAGUAAAGACAAUCUGUUCUGUAUUUUCUUCCUCAUGUAUGGCAAUAAAAAAGGUCCAGUUUUUGUCUCAGA